GGAAUUUUCCAGUACGUCACCAGCCAGCACUGUCUCAGACUCUCACAGGACAACCAGCGACCAUCCUCUCUCUAUCGUUUACCUCUUUCACUUCCUAAACCAAAAACCCCGUGGAAGAGCGACCGAUUUCUACCGGCAGAUUCUUCUGAUUUUUCGAGGUAGGAAAGGAAGAUUCGGCCAUGUCGCAGCUGGGAAGCGGAGAAGGCAGCAUAGUUGUCGCCGGCGGCGGCGGCGGAGGGGGCCCGGACUUCGACUUGCCGGACGAAAUUCUGGCUGUUAUACCGGCCGACCCGUAUGACCAGCUGGAUUGGCGCGAAAGAUCACUUCCAUGGCAAUCGCUUCCCGUGUGUCGAACCUGGAAGCGGAAGUGGGAAGAAUGAAGCAGCAGAUGUACGAGAAGGAUCGAAUUGCUUACGAGCUCGAGGAGAAAGCGUCUCGAAUGCAGCGGGCGUACCGGGAGGCCGAGUCGAGGCUGAAGAUCACCCUUGAUGAGAAUGUUAAACUCGCUAAGGAAAGGGAUUCGUUGGCUGCCAACGUGAAGAAGCUUGGCCGUGAUUUGGCAAAGUUGGAGAACUUCAAGAGGCAGCUGAUGCAGUCACUUAGUGAUGACAAUCCAUCGCCAACACAAACUGUUGAUAUUAAAGCAUAUGAUCAACGUGCACCAAAGGCAUAUCCUGAUAAAGAUGAAGUGUCAAAUAGAUAUGCCAGCGACUAUUCUUACAGUGGCUCUACCGACAUGAGUACAGCUGAUCAAGCUGCAAAGUCUGCUGGACAAAGAUUCUCCAUAACCCCGUACAUCACACCACGGCUUACUCCAACUGCAACCCCAAAAAUUACAUCUACAACUGUGUCCCCUAGGAGUUAUUCUACUGCUGUGUCACCUCGGAGGGCCUCUGCUCUGACAUCACCGACGAAAUCCCAAUACGAAGGACAUCAAACUAGCUUUUCUCCAUGGUAUCCAUCCAGUCAACAGUCUUCGGCAGCAAACUCCCCUCCUCGUGGACGCUCAAUGCCAGGUGCAAAUCUGAUAAAGAUUAUUUUUGAAAUCUCUGUAGCACGGACUCCACGAAUUGAUGGGAAGGAGUUCUUUCGUCAGGCCAGGAGUCGCCUCUCAUACGAGCAAUUCAGUGCAUUUCUGGCUAACAUCAAGGAACUAAAUGCCCAGAAGCAAACCCGGGAGGAAACAUUGAGGAAAGCAGAAGAGAUCUUUGGGACAGAGAACAAAGAUCUCUUCUUAUCAUUUCAAGGGUUGCUCAACCGUAGUAGUGCUCACUGAAAUUGCCUAAUGCUCAAGGCAUCUAGACCUAACUAGGUGGUACAUCAAAACUGAUUCAACUACUUCCGCACCAGUCAGUUCCUUCUGACGAAUCAUUCGAGGAUGCACAAUCAUCGACAAAUCACAGUGGCAUGUAUUUCAGCAGCAAGUAGAAGUAGAAUGUUGUUAGGGCUUCAUUGAAAUCAUGCAAACACUGUAGAUAGAUGAUCUUUAUGCGGUCAACAUUGUCGUUGUCGAUGAAUGAUUUUUGGUCCAUUGAAAACUUGCAUUUUACAUGAUCUUUUGCUUUCAGCGUCUGUUUCCCCUUAUCAUCCGCCAUGAAAAAGGGCAGUGGAAUAUCUUGCAUUUGCCCUCCAAUCUUUUGGCUACUAAGAACAAUAAACUCCGCAAAUACUAACAAAAUUACUGUAUUAAUC